GAUGUCAAUCAAAGCAAUGGGACAUCAAUGCGACCGCCCAUUCAAUCGGAGCCUGGUUACAGGACUGACCACUGGGAGUGACUGUCAACAUACAAACAUGGCUGCCUCUUCGGCUACAGACAAGGCGAUGACCGGUGAUAACGCACCCGAACACAUUCCUUGUGGUCCCCAAGAAGCUGUGUCGCAGUCUCGGGAGAUAAUUAAACCGUCCGUAGUGGAGCUGACCAAAGAAGUGAGAACAAACAUCCUCUGCACGGUCAAAGGAUGUGGGAAGAUCCUUCCCAACACACCUGCAUUGAACAUGCAUCUCGUCAAGUCACACAGAGUGAAGGAUGGUAUUGUCAACCCCACUGUCAGAAAGGACAUGAAGUCCUGCAAAAAGCUAUACUGCUGCCCCAUAGAGGGUUGUCCCAGAGGGCCAGGAAGACCCUUCUCCCAAUUCUCACUGGUUAAACAACAUUUUAUGAAGAUGCAUGCAGAGAAAAAACACAAGUGCUCCAAGUGCAGCAAUGGCUACAGCACCGAGUGGGACCUCAAGAGACACAUUGAGGACUGUGGGAAGACUUACCAGUGUACGUGUGGCUGUCCGUAUGCCAGCCGUGCUGCCCUUCUAUCACAUAUCCUUCGGACAGGACAUGAGAUUCCUACUGAACACAGAAUUCCUCCAGUAAAAAGGCGAAAGAUGGAGAAACUCUCAAAUUCUGAAAAGGGAAAGACCAUUGAUGCUGGGAUCAUGCCUUCCACUUAUGAAGUUACUGAGGAUACACCCCCUUCUGAUAUCAUCAUUCAAAGUUCGGACUUGGCCAGCCAGAUGUCCAAUGGCAACACAAUCCUCCAGAAGCCACUUCUACCCAAACCCAAUAUGGCUUUGGUCAGUGUUCCUGUGAUGCAGCUGGCUCACUUGCCUGUCCUCCUCCCUUCUACAGAGAGUGGAGCUCUCAGGUCAGUAGUGUUAGCAGUCAACAGCCAAGGCUCUGUUAGCACUCUCCACCUCCUGCCACAGGCCUCUGGAGCUGUAGUGCCUCAGGUGGAUGCUAAGAGUUUAGUUUUUCAGGACAGUAUGCCUACUUCUCGCUCUGGCCUUGGGCCAAUCAGCACAGGUGUACAAGUUGGGCUUGGCAGUCCGGUCCCACAGGACUCGGGACGAGGAAGGAGUACAUCUACCAACAUUCAAACAGACAAGUCAUAUCUGGCAAAAAUACCUUCAGGGGUCACAGAGGGGAUUGGAUUGUGUUCUGUGGGCGAGCCUGCUGUAUCAUCCUGCUCCCAGACGGACAUCAGUGUGAGUGCCCAAAUCCUCCUGCCAGUCAGUGUUCAAACCCAGACCUUGUACACCCGAGCCAAAGCCACAUCAACUAUCGGGGCUCAGACAGACAGCCAAUCCCUAAACCAAAGUACUUGCUCCUUUUCAUUUGUGCCGCCGUGUAAAACCAGGCAUACCCAGACCUACUUCACCAUUCCACAAUGGGAGGAGAAGGUUCAUGAUCAGUCCAUCAUGUGCUCUGACCUUUUUGGAGGGGAUUCCCUCAGUGUCUCCACUCAGACAGCGCUGCACAGAGAUGAGCCUCUGCUUGCCACAGGAAGUCGAUUAUAUGAGGAUGCAAAGGCAACAGGGGCCAUGUGUUUUGGGGCUCAGACCGAUGAACUGAACCCAAACAACGUUGCAGACAACCAAACCCAGACAAUGACCUUGUUAAAUGAUUUGGAAAACAUUCUCUCUGGCCAUCAAGUGUUGACCGACACCACCACAGUUGGCGGUUCAAGCUUGACCCCCGUUCAGGAGCAGCACAGUACCAUGGAUUUUGACUUUGAAGAGUUUCUGAGUUCUGUGCACAUUCAAACACAGACAGAGGAGAGCCACCUGGGAGGACUGAAUGAAGACACACCACUUGAGUCUCUGGACAUCCAGACCCAGACAGAUUUCUUCCUGAUGGACGAUAUAGACCAAAGUGAGGGAACAAAUCGAACCCAAGCCAGUGACUUGGAGCUUUUUGACACUCAAACUCAGACUGAUCUAAACUUCCUUCUAAGUGCUGGAAGUCACCUGCCCCUUGGUAGCAUCCUGCGCCAUUCAAGCUUUUCUAUGAGCACAGAGUCUUCUGACACUGAAACGCAAACCGAUCUGCCAUCGUUUGCUCCCUGCCUUCCUCCUCAGUGCCCCGUCACUCAGGGGGACCAGGGAAGGCUUUUAAACAGCACAGAGACACAGACCAGCCAGGUGGAGGACUUCGGUAACCUCUUCUUGACAAGCAAUGAAACCCAAACGGUCAUGGAUGACUUUUUGUCGGCCGAUUUGGCAUGGAACAUUGAUUGCCAUUUCAGCUCUGUGGAAACUCAGACAUGUGAAGAGCUUUUUGCUCUCUUUCAGCACCCUGAGAAACCCAACCGCUGAAAUUACUCUUACGGUGCUGCCUGAUGUCCUUGGUUACUUGCCUCUUUCUGUCAUAAGAAUGAGCGAAGGCUGUCCAAUAGUGGAUUAGCCAUUAAGUUAAAUGAAGUCCGUAAAAAUGUCUUUGAAUCAUUCCACUUGGGACACAUCGUCCGGGAGUGUUUCUAGGUUUGUUUCCUGACUGCUUAGUGCACUUUAUAGCUCGAUGGGCCGAAUGUUUCAGCUCAGUCAUUACAUAUUUAUUUGCACAUAAAUGUUGUGUAAUGUGUGUAGUCUGAAAUGCUACUUUUUUGUUUGUCUUUUUUUUCUGGGGGGGUAUUUGCUAGCAUAGUGUACUUAGACAUAACGUUACACCUGUGGUUAAUCCAGGCUACUGUAGUUAAAUACGCAUGUAAUGCAUGAAAAAAGUUCGUUUACACAUUUUUGCAGUUGCUUUGUGUGUAUUUAGUAUGUGCAGGAAGUCUUCAAUUUGUCCGCACAAGCAUCUUAAUGGCUGCUUAGCCGAUUUAAAGGCAAGCACACAAUAUCAUUAACAGAGUUGCACUAGUGAGACUAUUUCUGGAUGAAGCCUUACUGAACAAAGAAGUCAGUGUAAAAAAAACAACAAAAACGCACAAGUACAAAGGUAACGUUAUCAGUCGUAGCACACCUUUUGAGUGAAGGGAAAAUAUGUAUUCUAUUUUGAUGUGGUCAUUCUAUUCUGAUGUGGUCAUUUUUGUAGGUAACUGAUUCUAAGCUGUCUGUCUGACUUAUUCAUUAGCUUGGUGUAAGUAUAUAUGCUGGCUGUGAGUCAAAAGUCAUGUUGCUGCAAAGCAUAUUAGUAUUACCUGCCAUAGUGAAAAACUCAAUGCAUGUCAAAAACAAUUACUAAACCCAUUGUAUGCUGAUUGUGUUGCACUGAGUUACUUCAAAUUGAUAAUGCACCCUAAGCAGGUCAUGUUCUACUCUGGAGUAAAAAUAUUAUUACGUUGAUGGUGCCUUAACACAAGUGUUAUCUUUUCGUAUUCUAUUAUGUUUAACAAAAAUAAUCACAAUACUUUUUGCAUUGUAUUUUUAUUGAAGUUGCAUGAUAUUCCGCAUAUUGUUUCUUUACAAUAGCUUACACAUUACAAUGUGAAAAUAUAUUAUUUUCUGUAUCACAUUUCCACAUGUGUUGGUCAGGUGUAUAUUGGAACUUUCUGUUUUUUCAAAGUUGAGUUCCCGUGUGUUUCUUGCAGAAGAAAAACAUUAAGCAGGUAUUUUUACAUUUAGAGUUGUUGACAUACAAUAUAUACGUCCACACACUCCAAACAUGAUCAGUAAAGAGAAUAUGGCUCGACCUUAUCAAGUUUAUAGUGUAAAACUUUUUGCACCACAUAUCAAUUCAAAGAUAUAGGUAAGUGGAGAUAUUUGAGCCUCUAUGUAUAAUAACCUGAUGUAGACUACAGGAAAUGCAAAAUAAAUUCAAACUUGUCCACCCAAUUGUUUAAUUGAAUAUGUACAUUGUAUAAUCAACUCUAGAAAAGAAUGGUUUGUAUCUAAGGCCCCCAAAAAAUUAUGAUUCUUACAUGCCAAUGGUACGCGAAUGCAUACUUCUGAUUGCAACUGUGGAUACAUUGUUGGCUUGGAACACAAUUGUUUUAAGAUCAUGCAUGGUUUUUCUAGCACAAAAUGCUUUUAAGUAUGAUGGUAGAAACAAAUGUUUGCUUGAUCUAAGGGCAACGACGUUAACCAGAGGUUCUUAAUAAACUGCUGGAACAUA